GGUAGUAGUAGUAGUAGGAGUAGUACUGUAGUCGUAAGAAAGAUCCUGUGAAUCCGAUAUCUCUCUCUCGCUCAAUGGAAGACCAGAGAGUGUUGGAUCUGGUGAAGCAGUUGGUUCUCCGGUUAAUCUCUCCCAACAGGAACGAUUCGGAACAGUCGACCCAUUCAAUCGACACCGACAAGGCGCUCAAGUACGCAAUGCGUAUCCUCGGCAGUCGAAUGACAUCUUCCAUCUCCAUCGACGAGGCCGCAAUGGCCGAGUCCAUCAAGCGCCACCUCGUCAACCAAGGUAAGUCGUCCGAUGCCCUAACCUUCGCCGAUCUCUACACCAAGUUCUCCUCCAAGUCUGGCCCCUGCAGUAUCCACAACAAGUGGGCUGUGCUUUACCUUCUCAAAGUCAUCUCCGAAGAUCGACGCAAAGAGAAGAGAUCUGAUUCUAGGGUUUCCUCCGGUUUCUUAUCUUCCACCGUCUCCGGGGGUCUCCCUGUACUGUUCGAAGACGACAAGGGCACUCGGAACCAAAAGCCUCCCGAUAAGGGUUGGAGUGGCGGGGUUUUGCUGGUCACCAAGGAUCCAGACAAUCUUAGGGAUAUCGCUUUCCGGGAGUUCGCGGAUUUGUUGAAGGAAGAAAGUGAUGUCUCGGAGAGUCAUUUGGUUAGGGAUGUCUUGUAUGCUUGUCAAGGGAUAAAUGGCAAGUAUGUGAAAUUCGAUAAGAGUAUUGACGCCUAUGUGCUCCCGGACUCGAUUAAAGUGCCCAGAGCUACCAGAAUUAUGGUUCGGAAGCUCUGUGAGCUGGGUUGGUUAUUUAGGAAAGUCAAAGGUUAUAUAUCGGAGAGCAUGGAUAGAUUUCCUGCUGAGGAUGUUGGAACAGUAGGGCAAGCCUUUUGUGCCGCAUUGCAAGAUGAGCUUGCCGAGUAUUACAAAUUAUUGGCUGUCCUAGAAGCGCAGUCCAUGAAUCCCAUUCCCUUGGUUUCCGAGACGGCGAACUCGGGUAAUUAUCUCUCGCUGAGGAGGUUGUCGGUUUGGUUUGCAGAACCGAUGGUGAAGAUGAGGCUGAUGGCUGUCCUGGUUGACAGUUGCAGGGUUUUGAGGGGCGGUGCAAUGGCAGGGGCAAUCCAUAUGCACGCCCAGCAUGGAGACCCUUUGGUUCAAGACUUCAUGAGCCGUCUGCUUCGUCGGAUAUGCUCUCCACUGUUUGAAAUGGUGAGGAGUUGGGUUUUGGAGGGGGAGCUGGAUGACAUUUUUGCCGAGUUCUUUGUUUUGGGACAGCCCGUGAAAGCUGAGUCUUUAUGGCAGGAGGGAUACAGGCUCCACGCGGGAAUGCUUCCCUCUUUCAUACCACAAUCCCUCGCUCAAAGGAUUUUGAGAACUGGGAAGUCAAUAAACUUUCUUCGAGUCUGUUGUGAGGAUCAGGGUUGGGCUGACGCUGCAACAGAGGCAGCAGCUGUUGUUGGAACGACAACUCGGAGAUGGGGGCUGGGGUACGGUGAAAUUGAUGCACUCGAGUCUCUGGUUGUUGAAGCGGCCAAGAGGAUAGAUAAACAUCUAAUGGAUGUCUUGUACAAGAGGUACAAGUUCAAGGAACAUUGUCUUGCAAUUAAGCGCUAUUUGCUUCUUGGGCAAGGUGAUUUCGUUCAGUACCUAAUGGAUACCGUGGGGCCAGAACUUUCAGAACCUGCAAAUACUAUCAGCUCAUUCAAACUAGCUGGGUUGCUGGAAAGUGCAAUCCGGGCAUCAAAUGCACAGUAUGAUCAUGACAAACUGGACAGGUUAAAGGUCAAGAUGAUGCCACAUGGUACUGGAGACAGGGGUUGGGAUGUUUUCUCCUUGGAGUAUGAUGCAAGAGUUCCCCUAAAUACUGUUUUUACUGAAUCUGUCAUGGCAAGGUAUCUUAGAAUCUUUAAUUUCCUUUGGAAGCUUAGACGUGUCGAGCAUGCCCUGAUAGGAGCUUGGAAGACGAUGAAGCCGAAUUGUAUUUCUUCUCACUUUUUCUUGAAGCAGGAAGGUUCUAUUAAACUGCAAUUCACAUUAGCAUUGCGGCGGUGCCAAGCUCUUUGGGAUGAGAUGAACCAUUUUGUCACAAAUCUACAAUAUUAUAUAAUGUUUGAGGUUUUGGAAGUGUCAUGGUCCAAUUUUUCAAAUGAAAUGGAGGCUGCAAAAGAUCUGGAUGACCUGCUUGCAGCACAUGAGAAAUAUCUCUAUUCUAUUGUGGAAAAGUCCCUUCUUGGAGAGUGCUCCCAAACCCUUUCUAAGACGCUGUUUGUAUUAUUUGAUCUUAUAUUGCAGUUCCGUAGUCAUGCUGAUCGGUUAUAUGAAGGUAUCCACGAGUUGCAAGCAAGAACGAUGGAAUCUUCUUUGUCCUCUCGAACGAGGAGCAGAUCAAAAUCAAAAUCAAAUAAUGAAUCCUCAGACUACGGGACAUGGGUUGGUGGGGGCAGGAAGGCCGUAACACAACAUGCUGGAGAAUUUCUUCGAAACAUGCGAAAUGACUUGGACACAAUUGCAAAAGAAUACUCAUCACUACUUGAAGGGUUCAUAGCACAAUUACCUGUGCAGCAACAUGUUGAUUUGAAGUUCCUUCUAUUCCGUUUAGACUUCACUGAAUUUUAUAGUCGUCAACGUCUUUGUACAUAAUUAAACUGCUCGAGUGAAAGAGUUUAAAUGGAGUGCCUCUGCAAAAGAAAGUUGCACUGACAAAAGGGUCUCAUAUGCCAUUUCCUGCCAGCUUCAAGUGAGCAACUUCAUGAUGUGGCUGGCUUACUGGGACCAACCAGGUCCACUCUACGACUCUAGACACUGAUGUUUACUCCUUUCUGAUGGAUUGUGUGGAAGUUUUCUGAGAUUGAAUGUUGAGGUAUAUUUAUAUCAUAGAAUCAGGUUUAGGAUCUUUCUACAUUUUACACACUUCAUAUUUGAUGGUUCCAAUGACAUGUGGGUGUUUUUGUGUGGCUAUUGCAAGUUGUGCAUCCUGAGUUUGUACAUCUGUAUCAUAUUUAUUCUUGACAAAUGAUUACCAGUGUAUGGCAUCAUUCUUUUAG